AUGUAUCGAAAUUUAUUUGUUGGAAGGAAUACAGUACCUGCACCUGCUCCUUUUCAGCAGCAGCAACAGCAACAGCAACAACAACAGCAGCUGCAACAGCAACAAUCACCACAUGAACAGUUUCAUCAUUUAUAUCAGCAACAACAUCAAUACUAUCAACAACAGCAACAACAGCAGCAACAUCAACAACAACAACAACAACAACAACAACAACAACAACAAUCACCUCCCCCACCUACUACAUACCAACAACAACAACAACAACAACAACAACCAAAUGUAAACAACAGAGGUCAUAAUACAUUAGACUCUAACAUUUAUUGCAAGAAUAAUCCACCACAAAAAGAUGAUAAUAUUUAUAGAAAGGCAGAACAAUUGGGCCAUGGUAGCUUUGGUGCAGUCUAUGCAGUCAAUGACCAAAAAGGAAACAAAUAUGCUGCAAAGAUAUUGAAUCUUUCAUCAUACACUAAAUAUUCUGGUGCCACAAAGUACAUCACUGGAGAAUUUGAGAUAUUGGUACGUCUGCAACAGUAUCAACAUCCAUACAUUGUAAACCUACACGAAGUACUCGAUAUCUAUGCCUACAUAUUUGAGUAUUGUAAUCGUGGUACACUAGAACAGUAUCUUGGUCACAAUCCAUUCCUAAGUGAAGGUGUAUUAAAGGUUAUCUUUUCUCAGAUGGUGAGUGCCAUUCAAUUCCUACACAAGUUUCCAAUUGUUCAUCGUGACAUUAAACUUUCAAAUGUUUUGGUUCAUGAAAGAAAUGGUAAAAUUGUUUUUAAAUUAUCUGAUUUUGGAUUCAGUAAAUUAUUAACAAUGCAAGAGAAUGCAAUGUCAAGAGUUGGUACUCAACUUUAUAUGGCUCCAGAAAUAACCAAGGGUAGAUACGAUGAAAGUGUAGAUAUCUAUUCUCUCGGUGUAUUAUUCUAUAUGCUCGCUAAAAAGAGAUCUGAAAACAUUGAUCAACAAAUUCAAGCUUCUCAAGUUGAUGCAUUAGAAUUUGUUUCAAAUGAUUUUAAAACAUUGAUCAAGAGUAUGAUUGAAAAAGAUCACACAAAGCGUAUCAGUCUACAAGAUAUUAUCAAUGGUGAUUGGUUAAUGAGCAGAAUCGUUCCAUUAGACUUUUUCUCAUCAAAUCAAGAACAAAAGUUUAAAUCUCAUUCAAUUCUUAUCAGAGAUUUAUAUACAUUAUGUCACGAAAGAUAUGAUAGUUUUGAACAAAAGUAUGGUUAUUCAUUAAAGGGUAAAAUACUAUUUGUAACCUAUAUGGAUUCCUCUGAUCUUCAUCCAUUCCCAAGAGGUCUCGUUGAUAAACAUAUUAGAUCAAUCUAUACUAUUGAAAAGGUUUAUUGUUUCGAUAUCAAUAAUAUUUCUACUCUUCAAUUGCCACCAUACCGAUCUUUGACUAAAUUCUCUACAAAAGAUGUCAUGGAAUUAAAAGAUUAUGGUGAUUUACAAGGAAUAUCUGAUCAAAUCAAAGAAGAACAUAACAAAAUCCAAGAUAUUAGUAAUAUUAUUGAAACUGUUAAAAGUAUUUUAUUUAGAGCAGAUGAAUAUUCUUUGGUAUAUAGUUCACUUAAAUCCUAUUACCAAUCUAGAAUUGAAAGUAACGAAGUUAAAUCUACCAUUGCAAAGUUAAAGAAUUAUUCAGAAAAGUAUAAACCAAAUUCAAAGUUGUAUGACCAAAUCAAGGAGCUUAAAAUGGUUUCAAUUGAAUCUGGUGAAGAUAGUAAAGAACUAUUCAUUGAUCAUCUUCCCCCUUUUAUCAAAGGUUUCUUAAACAAUGAUAUGAACUCUCUCUAUAAUGAAUUCAAGAAUAGUGAAACUGUAUUACAAGGUUCCAAGAAAUAUUUUGAAGAUUUUAGAAAAUUGUUAUCACAUUCUUUUGAAGAUUUAAAGAGAAUCCAAGAAAACCAUGACAAUGUCAAGUUAAUGUUGGAAACCAAUUUGAAAACCAUUGAUCCAACCUCUUCUUUUUGUCUUAUUUUCAACAGUGAACAAUUGUUUAAAGAAUCCAACCAAUCAUUUAAUGCAACCUGUAAAUUAUAUGAAAAACUUGGACAUGCACUCAAUGGUGAUCUCAAACAGAUAGAUGGUCAUUUGUCACAUAUUCUAAGACUAUUGUCAUCGUUGGACAGCAUGGUCAAGAUUCCUUCCCAAAUGUUUGAAUCUGUCGAUUUGAUGGACGAGAUUGCCAAGAUCCCAGAGUACCACCAAGCCUAUCAAAAUGAAGUAAAAAGAAGAUGUCAGUUUAGUCAAUCAUUUGGUCAACAUCGUGAAAAGGUUGCCCUAGAGUUUCACUCUCUCCUCAAGGGCGAACUUGAACAACAAACUAGCUUUGAUUCAAUCAAACGUCCACAGUAUUUUGUACAGAGAUUUGCAGAAUUCUCUUUUGACAAUCCCCUCGCUCGAUUCUUGCCUCAAGGUGAUGAACUCAAUGUCACCGAGCUCAUCAUUCGCGAAGGAUUUGUCAACAUUAUCGAGAAUGAUAUUGUCUCUCAACUAUCAACAGAUAAAAUGGAUCUCAUUCGUCGCAAUGAUACUCUUUACAAUGAAAAUCAAUCUCUCAAAUCAAGUUUGAUACAACAACAACAACAACAACAACAACAACACAAAGAUAGUGGAACUGUAAUUCAUAACAACACAGGUGCUGCUGUAGAUGUUGCCACCUCCACCAACUCUACCGGAACAGGAAUAUUCCUUGGCCAAAAACAAGAAUCUUCUUCUUCUUCUUCUUCUUUAGAGAUUCAAAAUCUUAGACAAGAGAUUGAAAAGUUGAACCAAGAGAAAAAGCAGCUUGGUGAUCGUCUGACUAAAAAGAAGACCAAAUCAUCUGCACUUAAAAGUUAUACGACAGAAUUAAACAAGUACGUUGACCAACUUGAAGUCAGUGGCAAAGAAAAAGAUGAAAAGGUUUUAAAAUUGGAAGAGCAAUGGGAUCACGAGAAAAAAGAGAGAGAGGUUAACUUUAACAGCCAAAGUAGUUUCAAGACUGCUGAAAUUAGUGAACUAGUUUUGAAACUUGAAAUGAUGAACAGAAGAGUUCAAGAUCGUGAACAAAGUAUCGUUGAACAUCAAGACACUAUGCAAAAACAAAAGCACGAAAUUCAAAGUCUUGAAGCAAUGUUACAUAUGUUGACAGCAGAACAACACCUACUUCAACAACAAUUACAAAGACAACAAAAUAAUUAA